AUGUCCAACGAAUGGUCCAAGCCAACGUAUCUGCUGUCAGACGUAAAUGACUUCAUCAUAGCCGACGAGGAUGUCCCUCCUGCGUACGGACCUGGAAACUCCUCCGCCAAUGCCUCAACUUCCACCUCCAACAACACCAACACAGGCUUCAACCUUUUCUCUAACUUUUACACUCCAAAAGUCGAUCUAUCAUCCACAUUUGCGCCGUUCACCUCCUCCAACUUGCCAGGUAACAACACCGUUCGUGAGCGUCAGUAUACUGGAGGCGACACCUUGGACGAGCCAGUGUGGGCCACUCUCAAGAGAGAUUUGAGCCAGAUAGGAAGAAGAUUGGCAAUCGUGAUAUGGCCAAUGCAGUUGUCCAAGCUUGCAGCAGACCAGCAGCUCAAGCUCAUUGAUUUUGCGGCUUCCAGCGGCAUCAGAUUGCCCCAGCUGCUAGUGAACAACCGCAUGGUGCUCGUUUCGGAACAGCAAGACCCCGAACAAUCGUCGGGAUUACCGCAGAACGACUUGGUUCUCGAGGGCAACUUGGACUGGGACUUAUGGGGGCCUUUGAUUUUUUCGUUGAUGUUCUCAGUGGCCCUCGGAAUCUCUGCUAAGGGAGACCAAACUAACCUGGUUUUCUCAGGUUCCUUUUCGUUCAUUUGGGCGUUUUUCAUCGUCAUAGGGUUGAAUAUCCAGCUUCUUGGGGGUAGCAUCUCGUUCAUGUCUGCUAUCAGUGCAGCAGGAUACUCCUUAUUUCCGAUAGUGGUUGGUGAAUUGAUCUGUUCCUUGCUAGUCAAGUGGAAGUUGAUCCGGUUGAUAUUGAUGGCAGUCUUGAACUCUUGGAGUAUAUACUCUGGCGUGUUGAGCUUGCAGUGCUCGGGGGUACUCCCAGGAAGAGUUUUGUUGGCGAUCUAUCCAGUGGGAUUAAUGUACACUGUAUUGAGUUGGUUGGUGGUUAUUACCUAG